AUGAUGACGUCAUCAUUUUCUGAAUCCUCAUCCACGUCAUCAUCAGAAGUCUCUUCUACUAUUUCUUCUGAAUCCUCCAAGAACUCCACGUCUUCUGAAUCCAUCAGAAGACGUCGACGACGUCAUCGAAGGCAUUCUGAUUAUGAAGAAGACGACGACGAUGACUAUUCUGAAGAUUCUGAAGGCUCUGAAGACGUCGCACCACCUCCCGAAAUCCAUCAGAUGAGCGAAGAGGAGAAAUCUGUAAUUUGGCAGAAUCCAGAACAUCCCGAACGACGUCAAGGACGAUAUUCUGGAGGAUCAGAUGACGAUUAUGAAAAAUGGUCCGAAAGUCAUGAAAAUGGUCCAAAAUCCAUGAAAAAUGAAUCCAAAAAUGGCUUUUAG